AUGGAUGCCGAUGUCGAUGAGAUCGAUGUCGAUGAUGACGAUGACGACGAUGCUGGCAAAUUCAACAUCGCCAAUGACCGCCAAAGUGAGGACGAUGAUACCCUCACUGGUGAAGACGCCGUUCUAUUUAGCAGUGCGUACAAAGCGCACUGUUAUUACCAAGGAUGA